AUGUUGUAUGAGUGUGGGAAAGAUGAGAUUGUGAUAGAGCUUCGUAUGAUCCAAUCUAACUCGCAACUGCACCUUCAAACAUACAUUACGUUCUCCAUCUUUACAUCACAGAAUUGCGUCGUUCUCCUUUAUUUUUGUGGCACCAUGAAUUUUUUGAUGCGGUCUUCGUCGAGUUCAUACUCGGAACGAACACCCCUUCCGCCCCCUAGGUCUGCGUCUGGGUCUAAUCUAGAGAAGCUGGCGUCUCAGGAUUCGCACGCGCGCCAUGGCGAUGAUGCCACCAUCGCUGGUCUUGUUCCAAGCUUACCAAAUAAGCACCUUGAUGUUUCUGUAGAAGAAGGGUUCAUCACUAUUCCAUUCAAGGAACUUCCUGAAAACUGGAAUCACGUACCAGAUAUACAGUCCCUGUGCUCACUUGACCGUUCAUUUCUUUUUCCUGGUGAACAAGUUUAUAUCUUGGCAUGCUUGUCUGCAUCUAAGCAGGAUACGGACAUGAUUACUCCAGUUGCUACAGCGAUGAGUAAGAAUGGCGUAGGUCAAAGCCCUGAGAGAGAAAAUGAAAACAUUAAAAACAGAAACAAUUUAAUAUCUAGAGAAGGGCAAUUAAGUACCAGUGUUGAAGAGCAUCUGGAAGAUUUUAUUGAUGGUGAAUCCCUUUGUAGGAUGGAGGCACAGAAAAGACGAACUGAAUUGUUGUUACAAAAAUUUGAGAAUUCACACUUCUUUGUGAGGAUUUCAGAAUUUGAUGAACCCUUGUGGUCCAAAAGAGGCAGUGCAAUAAAUUUUUUUAACCCUUCUGAUGCAAAUGGCCUAAAGGCUUUAAAUAUUCAAAUUGAAGAGCCUACAUUGUCUUCUACCGGAGUGGUUAUUGAUAGAGGAAAUUUUAAUGCCACCACUUCUGGAGGAUUGGUGAGAGAUUCUGUUAAGUGUUCUGCUCUUCCUAAUGGAGACAUCGUGAUUCUUUUACAGAUGAAUGUUGGUGUAGACUCUCUUAAAGAUCCUUGUAUUGAAGUUCUCCAAUUUGAAAAGUGUCCAGAGAGAAAACUGCCUAUCAAUGACCACUUCGAGGUAGAACAUACAAAUGAGGAUCCAUGUGCUGAAUUGUUAAAUUGGAUGCUUCCAUUGGAUAACAAUCUUUCACCUCGCCUGCAAUCUCCUCCUAAUUUAAGAUGUUACUCCAUGUCAUCAUUACCCCAAAGUAUGAGCAGUCCAUCUGGUUAUUUAAAAGCAGUUAGUUCUAUGUCAAACUUCCUUGAGAACAGGGAUCAAAUCCUAUCUAACAGUUACUUGAGGAGAAAAUUUGCAUUGGAAGGACUACUAUCUUUUCGAGGAGUCUCUUUGGAGCAAGAAAGAUUUUCUGUUUGUUGUGGAUUAGAAGGCCUCCAUACUCCAGGAAGAAGAUGGAGAAGAAAACUUGAGAUAGUACAACCUUUGGAGAUUCACUCUUUUGCUACUGACUGUAACUCAGAGGAUCUUCUUUGUAUUCAGAUGAAGAAUGUCGCUCCUUCAAAUGUUCCUGAUAUUGUGAUAUUUAUAGAUACAAUAUCUGUUGUUUUGGAGGAGACAACAAGAAAUGGACCAAUGCCAUCAUUACUGAUUUCAUGUGUUGAAGCUGGAAAUGACCAUUCUUUACCAAAUCUAACCCUUAGGAGAGGUGAAGAGCAUUCUUUUGUCGUUAAACCAGCCACUUCUAUGAAGAAGAGUAUCAAUAUUCAACACGAUACAAGUUCUCAAUUUUCAAAACAAUUUCAAAAUAGAACAUCAAAAUUAAGUCUGGAUGGAAGAAACCCUACUUUGAUUAAUGAUCAGUAUGCAAUUGUGGUGUCAUACCGGUGCAAUUAUACAGCAUCAAGGUUGUUCUUUAAACAACAAACUAGUUGGCGACCAUGCACCUCUAAGGAUAUUAUGAUCUCUGUUUCAUCAGAGAUGUUAGGACAAUAUCCAAGACCUUAUGCAACCUGCCAACUUCCUGUGCAGAUCUUAACUCUGCAAGCUUCAAAUUUAACAUCUGAAGAUCUAACUUUAACAAUGCUAUCUCCUGCAUCCUUUAGUUUACCCCCAUCAUUGGUCUCCUUGAGUUCUCCAACGACUCCAAGAAGUCCUUUUAUUGGUUUCGCAGAUUUUUUAGGAAGAGUAAAUAGUGGAAGGAGUAGUGGUGCCACCCAGCCGUCAACUGUUGAAGAAAAUGGGGAAAAAAGUUCUACUAGUGAAGCUAAGGCAGUUUCUACAAGUGAUGUUGUUCCUAAUUCUGGCCUGAGUUGUACUCAUCUAUGGUUGCAGAGUAAAGUUCCGCUCGGGUGUAUUCCAGCUCAAUCUAUAGCAACUGUCAGGCUUGAACUACUCCCACUGACAGAUGGCAUAAUUACACUGGACUCUCUGCAAAUUGAUGUUAAGGAAAAAGGUAUUACUUAUACCCCUGGGUGCGCUCUAAAGAUAAAUUCAACUUCCAGUAUUCCGAAGGGGAUUAGUUAGAAUGGGACCUAUGGCUGUUUGCAUUUCCUCUUCCUUUCUCAUCAAGCUCAUUAACAAAAUAUGGAUGAUUUGCUUGCCUAAGUUCUAGAAGUGCCCUUGCAACUUAUUCUCAUGGCAGAAAACAGAUUUAUUACUUUCCUGAAUUUUAGAGUUUCGCUUAUAACUUAAUGUCGCAGUAGGUGCUUAUAGGUAGAGAAAUUCAGUUAAGAAAUGUUUUGGGGUAUAUUUAUCCAAAUAUAGAGUUUUCCUUUGUAUUGUAAAAUGUAAAUCACAUGGUUAAAUAGAUACUUACUAGGUGUUACAUGCCCUUUAUUUAAGGGGAAAAAUGUAAACAGAGGUGGUAUUUUUGUAUUUUUAUUUUCUUUGUAAAUAUGUGAGUGAACUAUCAAUCCGGCCUUUAUUUCUCAGCAUGACAAUGCGGUCAUUCAAGAUAAAAACGAUCCAUCUCGGUUCAUGUUUUCUACUUUUGUGACACAAUGCGGUCUUUGUGGGUGUUUUUCCAUCAACGUUAAAUGGAAAAAGUU